GUCUUCAAAAUGAUGAGGAUUUUGACAGCUUGCAAAGUGGUGAAGACCCUGAAGACAGGUUUUGGCUUAAACAAUGUGACUGCACACCAUCCAUGGAAAUUUUCAAGACCUGGCAUCAGGCUCCUUUCUGUCAAGGCACAGACAGCGCACAUUGUCCUGGAAGAUGGAACUAAGAUGAAAGGUUACUCCUUUGGCCAUCCAUCCUCUGUUGCUGGUGAAGUGGUUUUCAAUACUGGCCUAGCAGGGUACCCGGAAGCUCUUACUGACCCUGCUUACAAGGGACAGAUUCUCACUAUGGCCAAUCCUAUUGUUGGGAAUGGUGGAGCCCCUGACACUACUGCACUGGAUGAACUGGGACUUAGCAAAUAUUUGGAGUCCGAUGGAAUUAAGGUUGCAGGUUUGCUGGUGCUGAAUUAUAGUGAUGACUACCACCACUGGCUGGCUGCCAAGAGUCUAGGGCAAUGGCUACAGGAAGAAAAGGUCCCUGCAAUUUAUGGAGUGGAUACAAGAAUGCUGACUAAAAUAAUUCGAGAUAAGGGUACCAUGCUUGGGAAGAUUGAAUUUGAAGGUCAGUCUGUGGACUUUGUGGAUCCAAAUAAGCAGAAUUUGAUUGCUGAGGUUUCAACCAAGGAUGUCAAGGUGUAUGGCAAAGGAAAUCCCACGAAAGUGGUAGCUGUAGACUGUGGGAUAAAAAACAAUGUAAUCCGCUUACUAGUAAAGCGAGGAGCAGAAGUGCAUGUAGUGCCCUGGAAUCAUGAUUUCACCAAGAUGGAGUAUGAUGGGCUUUUAAUUGCCGGAGGACCUGGGAACCCAGCUCUUGCACAACCACUAAUUCAGAAUGUCAAAAAGAUCUUGGAGAGCGAUCGCAAGGAACCAUUGUUUGGAAUCAGUACAGGAAAUUUAAUAACAGGAUUGGCAGCCGGUGCACAAACCUACAGAAUGUCUAUGGCCAACAGAGGGCAGAAUCAGCCUGUUUUGAAUAUCACAAACAGACAGGCUUUCAUUACUGCUCAGAAUCAUGGCUAUGCCCUGGACAGCACCCUUCCUGCUGGUUGGAAACCACUUUUUGUGAAUAUCAAUGAUCAAACAAAUGAGGGGAUUAUGCAUGAGAGCAAACCCUUCUUUGGUGUUCAGUUCCACCCAGAAGUCAGCCCAGGGCCAACAGACACUGAGUACCUGUUUGAUUCCUUUUUCUCACUGAUAAAGAAGGAGAAAGGUACCACAAUUACAUCAGUUCUACCGAAGCCGGCCCUAGUAGCAUCUCGAGUUGAGGUUUCCAAAGUCCUUAUCCUAGGAUCCGGAGGUCUGUCCAUUGGUCAGGCAGGUGAAUUUGAUUACUCGGGAUCGCAAGCUGUAAAAGCCAUGAAGGAAGAAAAUGUCAAAACUGUCCUGAUGAACCCAAACAUUGCAUCGGUGCAAACCAAUGAAGUGGGCUUAAAGCAAGCAGAUACUGUCUACUUCCUCCCCAUCACCCCUCAGUUUGUCACAGAGGUUAUCAAGGCAGAACGGCCAGAUGGAUUAAUUCUAGGCAUGGGUGGCCAGACAGCUCUGAACUGUGGAGUGGAACUAUUUAAGAGAGGUGUGCUCAAGGAAUAUGGCGUGAAAGUCCUGGGAACCUCAGUUGAAUCCAUUAUGGCCACAGAAGAUAGACAGCUGUUCUCAGACAAACUAAAUGAGAUUAAUGAAAAGAUUGCUCCAAGCUUUGCAGUGGAAUCGGUUGAGGAUGCACUAAAGGCGGCAGACACCAUUGGCUACCCGGUGAUGAUCCGUUCUGCCUAUGCCCUGGGCGGGCUAGGCUCAGGCAUCUGUCCUAAUAGGGAGACCUUACUGGACCUCAGCACAAAGGCCUUUGCUAUGACCAACCAGAUUCUGGUGGAGAGGUCAGUGACAGGUUGGAAAGAAAUAGAAUAUGAAGUGGUCCGAGAUGCUGAUGACAACUGUGUCACUGUCUGUAGCAUGGAAAAUGUUGAUGCCAUGGGCGUUCAUACAGGUGAUUCAGUUGUUGUGGCCCCUGCCCAGACGCUCUCCAAUGUGGAGUUUCAGUUGUUGAGACGUGUUUCAAUCAAUGUCGUUCGCCACUUGGGCAUUGUGGGUGAAUGCAACAUUCAGUUUGCCCUUCAUCCUACCUCAAUGGAAUACUGCAUCAUUGAAGUGAAUGCCAGACUGUCCCGAAGCUCUGCCCUGGCCUCAAAAGCUACUGGCUACCCAUUGGCAUUCAUUGCUGCAAAGAUUGCCCUAGGAAUUCCACUUCCAGAAAUCAAGAACGUGGUAUCAGGGAAAACAUCAGCCUGCUUUGAACCGAGCCUGGAUUACAUGGUUACUAAGAUUCCUCGCUGGGACCUUGAUCGUUUUCACGGCACUUCUAGCCGAAUUGGUAGCUCUAUGAAAAGUGUAGGAGAGGUCAUGGCUAUUGGUCGCACCUUUGAGGAGAGUUUCCAGAAGGCUUUACGGAUGUGCCACCCUUCUAUAGCUGGUUUUACUUCGCGUCUCCCAAUGAACAAAGAGUGGCCAUCCAACAUUGAUCUCAGAAGAGAGCUGGCUGAACCAUCCAGCAUCCGCAUCUAUGCCAUCGCCAAGGCCUUGGAAGACAAUGUGUCCCUGGAUGAGAUUAUGAAGCUCACAUCCAUUGACAAGUGGUUUUUGUAUAAGAUGCGUGACAUUUUAAGCAUGGAAAAGACACUAAAAGGGCUCAACAGUGAGUCCAUUACAGAAGAAACCCUGAAAAAGGCAAAGGAGAUUGGGUUCUCAGACAAGCAGAUUUCAAAAUGCCUCGGGCUGACUGAGGCCCAGACAAGGGAGCUGAGGUUAAAGAAAAACAUUCAUCCUUGGGUUAAACAGAUUGAUACACUGGCUGCAGAAUACCCAUCAGUAACAAACUACCUCUAUGUUACCUACAAUGGUCAGGAGCAUGAUAUCAAUUUUGAUGACCAUGGAAUGAUGGUACUGGGCUGUGGUCCAUAUCACAUUGGCAGCAGCGUGGAAUUUGAUUGGUGUGCUGUCUCCAGUAUCCGCACGCUGCGUCAACUUGGCAAGAAGACAGUGGUGGUGAACUGUAACCCUGAGACCGUGAGCACAGACUUUGAUGAGUGUGACAAACUGUACUUUGAAGAGUUGUCUUUGGAGAGAAUCCUAGACAUCUACCAUCAGGAGGCAUGUGGUGGCUGUAUCAUAUCAGUCGGGGGCCAGAUUCCAAACAACCUGGCAGUCCCCCUGUACAAGAACGGUGUCAAGAUCAUGGGCACGAGCCCUCUGCAGAUCGACAGGGCUGAGGAUCGCUCCAUCUUCUCAGCUGUCUUGGAUGAGCUGAAGGUGUCUCAAGCGCCAUGGAAAGCUGUUAACACUUUGAAUGAGGCAUUGGAAUUUGCGAAGUCAGUGGGCUACCCCUGCUUGUUGAGACCUUCCUAUGUUUUGAGUGGGUCUGCCAUGAAUGUGGUAUUCUCCGAGGAUGAGAUGAAAAAAUUCCUAGAGGAGGCCACUAGAGUCUCUCAGGAACACCCAGUGGUGCUGACAAAAUUUAUUGAGGGGGCCCGGGAAGUGGAAAUGGAUGCUGUUGGCAGAGAUGGAAGAGUCAUCUCCCAUGCCAUCUCUGAACACGUGGAAGAUGCAGGUGUCCACUCAGGAGAUGCUACUCUGAUGCUGCCCACACAAACCAUCAGCCAAGGAGCCAUUGAAAAGGUGAAGGAUGCUACCUGGAAGAUAGCAAAGGCUUUUGCCAUCUCUGGCCCAUUCAACGUCCAGUUUCUUGUCAAAGGAAAUGAUGUCUUGGUGAUUGAGUGUAACCUGAGAGCUUCUCGAUCCUUCCCCUUUGUUUCCAAGACCCUUGGGGUAGACUUCAUUGAUGUGGCCACCAAGGUGAUGAUUGGAGAGAACAUUGAUGAGAAACCCCUUCCAACAUUGGAGCAUCCCAUAAUUCCUGCUGACUAUGUUGCAAUUAAGGCUCCAAUGUUUUCUUGGCCCCGGUUGAGAGACGCUGACCCCAUUCUGCGUUGUGAGAUGGCUUCUACUGGAGAGGUGGCUUGCUUUGGUGAAGGUAUUCAUACCGCUUUCCUAAAGGCAAUGCUUUCCACAGGAUUUAAGUUACCCCAGAAAGGCAUCCUGAUUGGAAUUCAGCAAUCAUUCCGUCCACAAUUCCUUGGUGUGGCUGAACAAUUACAAAAUGAAGGCUUCAAGCUCUUUGCCACGGAAGCCACAUCAGACUGGCUCAAUGCCAACAAUGUCCCUGCCACCCCAGUGGCGUGGCCGUCUCAAGAAGGACAGAAUCCCAGCCUCUCUUCCAUCAGAAAGUUGAUUAGAGACGGCAGCAUUGACCUGGUGAUUAACCUCCCCAAUAGCAACACUAAAUUUGUCCAUGAUAAUUAUGUGAUUCGUAGGACAGCUGUUGACAGUGGAAUUGCUCUCCUCACUAAUUUCCAGGUGACCAAACUUUUUGCGGAAGCUGUGAAGAAAUCUCGCAAUGUGGACGCCAAGAGUCUCUUCCACUACAGGCAGUACGGUGCUGGGAAAGCGGCAUAG